AUGUCUGCCGAAGCCACCACUACCCCCCCUGUCGCUGACAGCAAUGCCAACGGCACCACCCCCGAGGCCAACGGUGCUCCCGCCGCUGCCGCCGCCGUCGAGACCGCCGGCGAGGGUGCCAAUGCUCAGCCUCACUCCGCUUCCCUGUACGUUGGUGAGCUCGACCCCUCCGUGACUGAGGCCAUGCUCUACGAGCUGUUCUCUUCCAUUGGUCAGGUUGCCUCCAUCCGUGUCUGCCGUGACGCUGUCACCCGCCGUUCGCUCGGUUAUGCCUACGUCAACUACAACAACACCGCCGAUGGUGAGCGUGCUCUGGAGGACCUGAACUACACCCUCAUCAAGGGCAAGCCCUGCCGUAUCAUGUGGUCUCAGCGUGAUCCCGCUCUGCGCAAGACUGGCCAGGGCAACGUUUUCAUCAAGAACCUGGACAACGCCAUUGACAACAAGGCUCUGCACGACACCUUUGCUGCCUUCGGUAACAUUCUGUCCUGCAAGGUCGCCCAGGAUGAGUUCGCCAACUCCAAGGGUUACGGAUUCGUCCACUACGAGACUGCCGAGGCCGCCAACAACGCCAUCAAGCACGUUAACGGCAUGCUUUUGAACGACAAGAAGGUCUUCGUCGGUCACCACAUCUCCAAGAAGGACCGCCAGAGCAAGUUCGAGGAGAUGAAGGCUAACUUCACCAACAUCUACGUCAAGAACCUUGACACUGAGAUCCCCGAUGAGGAGUUCCGCAUCAUGUUCGAGCAGUUCGGUGAGAUCACCUCCGCUACCCUCAGCCACGACCAGGACGGUAAGAGCCGUGGUUUCGGUUUCGUCAACUACUCCACCCACGAGGCUGCGCAGGCCGCCGUCGACGAGAUGAACGAGAAGGACAUCAAGAGCCAGAAGCUUUACGUUGGUCGUGCCCAGAAGAAGCACGAGCGUGAGGAGGAGCUCCGCAAGCAGUACGAGGCUGCCCGUCUCGAGAAGGCCUCCAAGUACCAGGGUGUCAACCUCUACGUCAAGAACCUGACUGAUGAUGUCGAUGACGAGAAGCUCCGUGAGCUCUUCGUCUCCUACGGAACCAUCACUUCCGCCAAGGUCAUGCGCGACAGCCUGACCGACCGCUCUCCCAGCCCCGACUCCGAGGAGAAGGAGGCCGAGCAGGAGACCGAGGCCAAGGAGGAGAAGACCGAGGAGAAGAAGGAGGAGACUGAGGAGCAGACCGAGGAGAAGACCGAGGAGAAGACCGAGGAGGGCGAGGAGGAGGGCGAGAAGGGCGAGAAGAAGCUCCUUGGCAAGAGCAAGGGCUUCGGUUUCGUCUGCUUCAGCAGCCCCGAUGAGGCCUCCAAGGCUGUCACUGAGAUGAAUCAGCGCAUGGUCAACGGCAAGCCCCUUUACGUCGCUCUCGCUCAGCGCAAGGAUGUUCGCCGCAGCCAGCUCGAGGCCAGCAUCCAGGCCCGCAACACCAUCCGUCAGCAGCAGGCCGCCGCUGCCGCUGGUAUGCCCCAGCCUUACAUGCAGCCCGCGGCUGUCUACUACAACCCCGCCCAGCAGGGCUUCAUUCCCGGUGCUCAGCGUGGUGGUAUGCCCUUCCCUCCUCAGCCCGGUAUGGUUAUGGGAAUCCCUGGUGGACGCCCCGGCCAGUACCCCGCUGGUUUCCCCGGUCAGCAGGGUGGCCGCGGCAUGGCUCCUCCCCCUAACUUCCAGGGUAUGCCCAUGAACAUGCAGGUUCCCGGCGGUGUUCCCAACGGUAUGGGCUACCCCAUGCAGGGUCAGUUCGGUCGUGGUGCUGGUGGCCGUGGUCAGGUCCCCGGUAUGCCCAUGGGUAACAUGCGUGGUGGUCCUGGCUUUGGUGGCCGUGGUGGUCCUCAGAUGGGUCGUGGCCGUGGCCAGCCCGCUCCUGCCGGUCAGCCCGCCCAGGAGGCCGUUUCCUCCAGCGGUAUCAACCACCAGACCUUUGCCGCUGCUCCCCCUCAGCAGCAGAAGCAGAUGCUUGGUGAGGCUCUCUACCCCAAGAUCCAGGCCCAACAGCCCGAGCUUGCUGGUAAGAUCACCGGUAUGCUCUUGGAGAUGGACAACACUGAGCUCCUUGGACUGCUCGACGAGGAGGAUGCUCUCCGCGCCAAGGUCGAUGAGGCCAUUAACGUCUAUGAUGAGUAUAUGAAGAACAAGGGUACCGAGGGUGAGUCGGCUGCCGAGACCAAGCCCCAGGAGGCCCCCAAGGAGGCUUCCUCGGAGGAGAACAAGUCCUAA